AUGGAGGCUCUUUCCGGUGUUGCUAGUGGCAUGGCUGUUGCCUCGCUAUCGAUACAGCUCAUUGACUCCAUCGCGACCAUCAAGACCUUCAUUCGCAACGUCAGAGAUGCACAACAAGAGUUGGAACGUUUGGUGGACUUACUGGAGCGUCUUGAGGCCUUGUUGGAAGACGUUCGCGCCUUGAUGGAACGACAGACAUUAUUGCAGGCAGAACAUUUUCCGAUACCCUCAAUGACGAUAUCCAAAUGUCUGAAGAGCUGUGAGAAGAUGCUUGAGCCGUUCCAUGCAAUGGUCGAUAAAUACACGCCUGCAACAGUGAAAGUUGGCACCCGUAUGGACAAACUCAAAACUGGAUUGAGGUUCAGUCUCAAGGCAAAGGAUGUUAAAGAUUUUGAAACGCGAAUUGAGAGAGAAAUCGGAUUUCUCCAUGCUAGCCUCGGUGCGAACUGCGGAGCUAUAUUGAUGCAACUUGGCCCUGCAUUACUCAAAAACCAAAAUAAUAAAGAAGCCACUCGUUCAAACCAUGCGGAACUUGCCAUCCUGGACAGCAAAUCUACAAUUGUGUCCUCUAAGGAGGAUCUGACCUCGUUAUCGACUGCGAGAACUACGCGUGUCUCAUCAUCAGUAAUACCAGUCCAUUGGUCACUUCAAAGACUAGGCGUACAUCGGCGGAAAAUAGUUCGACGCAUACCAGGAAACUCGGAGCAAACAAUACCGGGCUACGAAAAUGAUCAUGAAUCCAUUAUUUCUGAAGACUAUGAGACAACUUUGCUCUGGAGCGUACUCGGUUACGGAUUGACGUGGAUCCAGCGCCGGUCAUUCGACAUAGUUUUGCCAAGCCUCAGUACAUUUCCGCUGGUUGAAUAUUUUGAUAGGGAGGUCCGUUUCAGCGUUAAAGAGGAUACGAUACAAGAGUUUCAAGACUUGCUUCGUCGCAGGGGGAUUCACCCAUUCUCACACGAUUCCUAUGGGGAAUCCUUGCUCCAUGUUGCUGCAAUGUAUGGCAGGGCAGAUAUCUAUCUACUGCUUCUAAAACUUGGCCUAAAGCAAAGCCUCAAUAUUUUGGGGAAUUCUCCUUUGGCACAUUUACUAUUCUGGACUGGACCUUCUUCGAUCCAUGGAAAAGCCACCAUCUGUCGUUAUAUACUUGAGGAAACGGAGUUAUCGGUCGAUAUCGGCUCUGAUCUUGAUUUCUCAAGGUAUGCCCGUGCUGAUUGGAAGCUUUUUCAGUGGCUGUAUCAACAAAGUGCAACCCUUUUCCUCCACGAAGAUGCGUUCAAAACACAGCUUGGUAUUAUGCAAAGAAUUUGUGCGGAGAUAGGUCUUUUUUUGACGCCCACAUCGUCAGCUCUGGCUGGGUUAUCUGGUCUGGAUGUGAAAGGAGACUUGCUUGAUCACUUACAACUAGGAGGAGGCGAUUUACUCUACUAUCUAUUCGAUUAUUGCAUAAGCAGUUAUGAAUCAUUCACAGCAGGGGAUAUGUUUCUUGAAUGGCUGUCAACGUCAGGCCUCAAUGCGGAGCAGUUGGUGAGUAAUGAGAUUGCAAAACUUGGUCCAGGAGCCUUGCUCAAAGCCUGGCCUUUUGACAAAAGAGUUGUAUUUCAAGCUCCUCAAACUGGAGAAUGGAGUCUUAGCUUUGAGUGGGCAUUGGACGAAGAAGCAGAUGGCUAUCUGCUUAUCUCGGAGUACGAAAAAUUGACAGUCGAAUCUGAAGCCUUUUACUAUUUUGAUCUGAAAUGGCCAUUUGCUGAUCUCGGAUCCUACUGGAUGUCAACUACAUUCGAUAAAUGGGAAAUCAAUAUGGAUCUCCGCUUCCAACGCCGCAUGGCUGCCAAAGCUCGCAAAGAACGCGUACGAAGUGGUCAAAAGAUACCAAGGAGCAGGAUGCCGGGAGCAUGGGUAAACUGA